CUUGACCUUUGGAUGUAAACAGUGUGCACUGAGUGUCUAAAAUUAAUUGUAAAUUGUAAGAACUCAGAUUUAGGCUACUGCUCCAUUAUUUGUAUUACACAAUUAUACCAUUCCUCUAUUAUGGAUAUAACUUUAAUUUAAUUGUUAUAGAGGGUGAAGAAGAUGGAGAGAACCAGGGAGUAUGAUAUUGUUAUUGUUGGGGCAGGUAUAUCUGGACUCAGUGCUGCUAGGUACCUCCUGUCCAAGGAUUCAAACUUGAACAUUGUUAUACUAGAAGCUACAGACAGGGUUGGUGGAAGGACCUUUACAGUCCCCUUGAAAACAGAAACUGGUACCGAUAGCUGGGAUCUUGGUGCACACUGGGUGGGCAGGAGUCAGACGCACAUUAUGAAGCUUAUAGAAGAGCUAGGUAUAAAGACACAUCAACAGUAUCUCAAUGGAAGAAAGUUUCUUCAGGUUGGGAAAGACAACACUGUGAAAAGCUACAUGUCUGAUAUUCCAACACUCUCUCUCCUUGCAUUGCUAGACCUUGAUAGAGCAAUGAAAAAGAUUGACAGUUUAGCUAAAGAGGUGGAUCAGAAAGAACCAUUUGCUUGUAAAAGAGGGAAAGAAUUUGAUGGCAUGACAAUGGAAACUUACAUCAACCAAACAAUGUGGAUGGCUGAUUCAAAAGAACUAAUGGAAGUUGCCAUACGUGGAGUUAUUGGGGCUGAAUUGUCUGAAAUAUCAUUUCUUUAUUUUCUGACAUAUGUGUCGUCUGCCGGAGGGUUAAAGAAUCUAGUCGAGGCCACACCAUAUACAGCACAGGAAUAUACAUUACAGGGAGGAUGUCAGCAAAUAUCCCUGCGGAUGGCAGAGGAACUUGGAGAUGUUAGAAUUAUAUUUAGGGAACCAGUGACUUCCAUUACACAAAGCCAUGAUUCCGUUGCAGUGACAUCAGAGUCUGGGAAUAUAUACAAGUGUAAAAAAAUAAUCCUGGCAAUACCACCUGCUCAUAUAGCAAAGAUAAAAUUCGAUCCCCGUCUACCUGCAGUAAAGAGAGAACUUCAUAAAAGGAUGCCUCUUGCUAAUUACGGAAAAGUUGUAAUCACUUAUAAAGAGGCAUUCUGGAGGAAGAAUGGGUGUUCAGGAGAAGUUGUAACAAAUGGAGGACCAAGUUUUGACCCUGACUGCAGCUGUGGCCCUUUAUGUCUAGUGUUUGACGAUACAUCAGCCAAUGGGAAUCCUGGUUUAGUAGCUUUUGUUGCUGGAGCCCAGCUUGUUGAGUGGAGACAGCUAGAGGAUGAAGCCAGAAAAACAUCAGUAUUGAAAUGUCUGGCUCAGUUUUUUGGGGACCAAGUUGAGGAGUACAUCGACUAUGCAGAGAAAGACUGGGAGUCCGAGCCCUACAUUGCUGGUGCCCCAGUCUGUGUGGCUGGGCCAGGUGCUAUGAGGUAUUAUGCUGGAGGAUUGAGGGACCCAUUCAGGUGUAUUCAUUUUGCUGGUACCGAGACAGCCACAGUAUGGACAGGUUAUAUGAGUGGAGCUGUACAAGCCGGGUACCGAGCUGCAAUAGAAAUUCUCCUUGACCUUCGACCUCAGACAGUAUCGGGUCAGGACCUAGAAGACAACAACAAACCAUUCAAACAUCCAAACACAUGAACAAUGCCCAGAAUGAUUUAAGGCAGUGAAAUUAACUGUGAUGUGAUAUACACAUUUGAUCAGAUAAUAAUAUGGAAAUUACAUAUAUAAAGGUUGUAACAAGAUCAUACAGGAGACUUUUUUUUAGGUCUCCUGCAUUUGAUAUUUUUCACAAUUUGUAAUAACAAAAGGUACAUUUGAAGUCUACAUGGGAACCUCCUCUGAGAAAUUAUAUAAUCCAAUCACCUGUGUUGUGUGGAAUUACAUCAUCUAUCCACCUGUAGUUGUUCUGAGGUUCUGGCAAAUGGACAAAACUCUAGGCUUCGAAUCCUGCCAGGUCAAUGUGUUACAGCAUAUGUAUUUUGAUUACAAUAAAUAAUAUACACAAAA